AUGGCUUUCGGCGUCCUUGAAAGUAAUGCUUCUGAGCAGCCUGCUGGGACUGUCUUCCUUGAAGACUCCCAAGAUGGCAUGCACACAAUCUUGGUGCCGUCACCCUCCAAUUCUCCCCAUGACCCUCUCAACAUGUCGCGAAUCCGAAAGGAGCUGUACUUCUUGACCCUCCUCUUUGGUGCCUGCGUGACUGGCGCGCUUGGUCCUGUCCUCGUCCCAGCUUUCGGCAUUGUGUCGCAGACCUUUCAGACACCUCUCUCCAAAGUGGCCCUCCUCAACGGAUCGCUCAUUCUUGGUCUGGGCGUGAGCUCUUAUUUCUCGGCAAUCAUUUCAGAUCUCUGGGGUCGUAGAAUCAUUUUCGUCUUGACUUCAAUCUUGCUGGUGGUCUCCAACAUUUGGGCGGCUGUCUCGCAAGGAUACGAGUCACUUCUGGCAGCCCGCGUCUUCCAGGGACUCGCCAUGGGACCAUGCUUUUCCCUGGCUGGUACGUCUUGCGUUAACGACGUCUUCUUUCUUCACCAGAGAGGUCGAAGGGUCGGUCUGUGGAACUUUGCUGUCAUUGUGUCUGUCAACAUCGCCCCGGUCAUCAGCGGCUAUCUCAUUGUCGACAUGGGCUGGCGAUGGGCCUUUUGGUUCCUUGCUGUCGCUUUCGCCGUGGGAUUGAUCAUGGUGGUUUUUUUCCUCCCCGAGACCAAAUGGGACAGGGACGAGGUAACAUCGAGUGUUGUUGGAAAUGAAAAGACUGGAAAACUUGCCCUGGAUGUCGUGGACCCGGUCGAGGCACCAGUGAUCGCUCCAUGGAAGAAGAUCUGCGGAGUCCAGCAUCUCCAAUUCGCCAGCGCAAAAGAACUACUGCCCAGUCUCGUCAGCCCUAUCCUCAUGCUUCGACACCCUGUUGUCGUAUGGGGGUGCAUCAUGUGGUCAAUCACCUUUACCUGGGUCAUUGUUCUGGGCACUGUAGCUGACCAAAUCUUCGGCGCUCCACCAUACAACCUCGACGCGACUCAGGUCGGACUCGUCAUUGGCAUCGCUCCUCUCGUUGGGUCUGCUCUGGGAACAUUGCUCUCUGGUUGGAUGUCUGAUCUUGCCGCUCACUACAUGUCCGCAUUCAACGGAGGUCUGUACGAGCCUGAAUUCCGACUUGUCGUCAUUGUGCCUUCUGCAAUCACCAUGGUUGUCGGAGCUUUUGGCCUCGGCGAUGCAAUCGAACACUCAAGAUCCACAAUGGCCUGUUGCGUCUUUCUCGCUCUCAUAAACUUUGGUGUAGGCGCAGGCUGCACGGGUAUCGUCACGUACACCAAUGAUGUCUGUAUGGAUUGUGCAGGAAGCGCUUUUGGACUCGCAAUGCUUAUCAAGAGCUCCUUCGCAUUCGGUCUCACCUUUAUGCUCAACGAUUAUUAUGCCACCAAAGGGCCGAUGGUCUUUUUCAGUACCUGGGGAGGUUUGACAUUGGGUAUCUGUCUGACCACCGUUCCGCUGUAUGUCUUUGGAAAGCGGAUUCGAAGCUGGAUGGGCCACUAG